AGCCCCCUGAUGUUCCCUGUCUCCCCCUGCAGCCGGUCCAUGGUGGAAGGCGAUGUUCUCAGUGCCCAACAGCACAGCGGAGGCAGCAUGGCUGGAGCUGGAGCGAUCACCCUGCAUGGUCGGCAUCAUCCCCAUCGUGUAUUACAGCGUCCUGCUGGGGCUGGGGCUGCCAGUGAACAUCCUGACUGCCGUGGCCAUGUUCCGCCUGGCCACAAGGACCAAGAAGUCAUCGUACUGGUACCUGCUGGCCCUGACCACCUCCGACAUCCUCACCCAGGUCUUCAUUAUCUUUAUGGGCUUCAUCCUGCAGACAGCCAUCCUGGCGCGGGCUGUGCCCAGCGCCUUCAUCCACACCAUCAAUGUCCUGGAGUUCACGGCCAACCACGCUUCCACGUGGAUCACGGUCCUGCUGUCCGUGGACCGCUACGUGGCCCUCUGCCACCCGCUGCGGUACCGCACCAUCUCCUACCCGCAGCGCGCCCGCAAGAUCAUCGCAGCCGUGUUCACCGCAUCCCUGGCCACGGGCAUCCCCUUCUACUGGUGGUUGGACAUGUGGCGUGAUGCUGACCCCCCCACCGCCCUGGACAUGGCGCUCAAGUGGGUGCACUGCAUCACCGUCUACUUCUUGCCCUCUAGCAUCUUCCUGGCCACCAACCCCAUCAUCAUCUGCAAGCUGAAGCAGCGGAGGCGCUCGGGGGGCGGCCGGCCCUACAAGAGCAAGACCACAGCCCUCCUCCUGGCCGAAACCACCGUGUUCACCGUGCUCUGGGCUCCCCGCACCGUCGUCAUGAUCUGCCACCUCUACGUGGCCUCGGUCAAGCGGGACUGGCGCGUGCACUUGGCCUUGGACAUCGCCAACAUGGUAGCCAUGCUCAACACCGCCCUCAACUUCUUCCUCUACUCCUUCGUGAGCCGGACCUUCCGCCGCACGGUGGCCGCGGUGCUCCGGGCCCACCUCCGGCACGGUCCCCGGCACCGCAGCGCCCGCUUCCCGCAGCCAGCACUGAAAGCGCUGCAGCCGGGGGCUGGCACUGCCCUCUGAGCCGUGCAUCAGCCCAGGACCUGCUGAGACCCUGCCCCAGGGAUGCUGCCCCUUGCCCCCCAUC